AUGGAUUAUUAUGAGCUGGAGGUAAACCCUUUAUUUGAAAAUCAUCGAUUUCAAUUUAAAAAGCAAUGUUCGCUAUGGCGGAUGAAUUUAUUGGCUGUUUCUGACAGGAAUAAGAAUAUCAUGUUUGUUGCGAAAACUGAUAUUAUUUAUGUGUAUAGGUUGGGCUUACUGGAUUAUAAGCCAGGUGUACCUAUUAAGGAAUUGAAAUGCCCUAUAGACGAGAGUUUAAAAAGCCGUACGAUUAAUGCUAUAAAAGUUGGUAACAUCGGUAAUGAGGAAGUACUUGUUAGUGUUGAUGAUUUAGGUGAUGUUUUUGUAUGGUUUACGGCUAAUCUCGAUAAAAAUCCAAUACAAUUCAACAAUGAUGUAUCAACGUGGGGUAUAGCAUUACAUGGUCCAAAACGUUUAUUGGCAGUGAGUGCCAAUUCACAUUCAAUUACAAUUUUUAAUUUACAAAAGAGUGUUCAGUUUUUUAAUGAUUCUGGUGAAGAAGAAUCACAUACUCCAAAAACAUAUGCUUCAGAAAUUUCAGAUGAUGAUGCACUUGGUGGGAAAGCAAAAUCUGUGCUUCAAGGGCAUGAAAAUAAUAUCCCUAAUAUAUGUUUUAGCGCGUGCGGUCGAUUUUUGGUUUCAUGUAGUAUUGACAAUACAUGUCGGCUAUGGAAUGUUAAAAAUGGAGAAUUGAUACAAACAAAGGUAUUGGUUCGUCAUGGGGAUGAAAUCAAUGACGAUUGGUAUGAAAUGAAUGAAGAUUGGGGUUGGACGGCAAAUUUUGUCUCUAAAUCUGCCUUCAAAACUGUUUCUCCUAAUAGUGAAGUUUGCAGUCAUCUAACUCCAAAUCCAGAAAGUUCUCAGCAAGUUAGGGUUGGACGUUUUAGAAUAACAGAAUACGAGGAUGGUUACAUGGAAGAUAGAUCUGAUGUUACAGGGGUAGAAUCAGAUGAUGUGGAAGAAGAUUCAAAUGAGAAUGAUUAUACCGAAGGAGAAACGGAUAGUGAUGGCGAGGAGCAACGUGUCAUAGAACUUCAUGAUGGGGAUAGAGCAUCCAACAACGAAGAAAUUACUAUGUCGUCAGCUUAUCCUAUUUUACGAUCUACUAAUCGUGAACCUACUUUGGAAGUUGAAGGGAAUUCUACUCCAGCUUAUUAUGAUCGUGCUGAAUCAACUACCCCUGUUGUAGAAAAUUAUACGGAAAAUAAUCCGGAUUACAGAUGGUCAGUUGGACAUGAAUUAAACAUUUUAAGUAAUCAUGAACAAAGCGACGGGAAUGCAGAAAGUGAAUCGAAAAAUGAUCAUGAUGGAGAGAGGUCAGAGGGAAUAGCGGAGGAAGAUACACUUAGAUCUCCUAUUCAAGGUUCACUUUCAACAUCAGCUUACUCGCCUGUACAACCUUCAUAUUCUCCGAGAUCCACGACAUCAUCGCCGCAAACUGCAACGUCUGCUCCAUCACACUUGAUCCCUAACCUAUCAUCCGAAACAUCAGGUAAUCAGAAUAAUGUAAAUUUCUCCCCAAGUUAUUCACCAGUGUCUUUCAUGAGUACACCAUUGGUAUCUUAUCAACAAAAUUCUCCAGAUUUAUCACCAUCCUCACCUACAAACCCACGAUACGUUCCAAAUUCUCCUUCUUAUUCACCAGUAUCACCUCAAUUCACGCCAUUCUCACCUAAUUACGUUUCUACUUCUCCACGAUAUUCACCUGUUUCCCCACAUUAUUCGCCUACAUCUUCACAUUCAUCUCAAUCAUCAAAUUAUUCACCCAUAUCUCCACGUUAUUCUCCAACCUCACCACAUUAUUCACCUACUUCUUCACAACACUCACCCUUUUUUCCACAUUAUUCACCUAUUUCUCCCCAAUAUUCGCCAACGUCCAUACCAACUUCACCUCGAUAUACGAUGUCAUCAUCGCAAUAUUCACCUAUAUCUCCGCAUUAUUCUCCAACAUCACCACUUCAAGUUCCUGCAACUCCAACAUAUCAUUCAUUGCCACAUGAUUCCUCAAAUUAUUCACCUACAUCUCCUCAUUAUUCCCCCACAUUGUUUGAACAUUCUUCACGAGUUUCAACCAUACUAACGCCAUACUCACCAACUUUUCCACAAAACUUAUCGUCACCACGUUAUUCUCCAGUGUCUCCGACAUAUUCUCCAAUAUCAUCAACGGAAUAUAAUCCGGUGAAUCGAGAAUCAUCCCCGUCUUACUCAACCAUCAUAGCAUCUAUAAUAAACGAUUUACAGCGGGAGUCACCAUCACCCAGUCCAGAUAAUCAUGAAAUUGAAUCAAACUCUCAAUCAUCACAUAUGAACACUGUCAAUAUUUGCGAUCCCCCAUCAAUUAAUAUCGAUAAUGCCCAGGAAUCACCUAUGAACACUACAAAUGUUCCAACGAAUGAGGGUGCGACUUCUUCAAGCGAUGCACGAUCGGUUCCUUUAUAUGAUGAUUCACCAUCAAAGAUUGCCUUUGAUUCAAUGGAUAUUUCGGAUGUCCAUGAUGCCCGUCGUCAACUUUCUGAUGAGUUAGUCCUUUAUACGUCAAAGCAUGAUUUAUUUAUUCUUGAUCCAAAAUCACACUUGGAUGUAUUGCGAACCGAAAAUGAUGUAGUAUGUAAAGUAGAUACAAGACGGUUCUUAUCAUAUGGAGAUUAUGAUCGAUUAAAUAUGAUUGAGGUGAUACCAGAUCUUUCACUCACGAUUGUGGCUAGCCAACAAGGAAAGGUCGCAUUGACCCGACUCAUUAAAAUCAUUGAUGAUAAUGGGGAUGAAAGUUAUUACUUAUAUCCAGAAAAGUAUCUUCCACUUGUAUCGACUACCUCCACGAGUCCAAUGAGUGGACCAUUAUUAGGUAUGUUUGUCGCAAAACAUGAUACCCUUCAGGACCCUGCAUUAUUUUAUUAUCGUUUAUAUUUAUUGUAUUGGAGCGGUACGAUGCUUUGCUAUGAAAUACGAAGAAAACAGGAAACCAAUCCUUUGAGAAUGGAUAAUAUUCUGAUAUAA